AUGUUGUGUCGUAACGAGAAAGUGGUGAGACAACUCAACAGGGUGGAGAGGAUAAUUGUGCCCUGCAAGAGGAAGAAGGGGCAAUGGCACUUGCAUUUUAAAUACAGUACAAAUGUCGGGCAAAGGUGUGUACAGAAGGAGAAGAAUGGCUUUAAGGAAAUGUGGAAAACGGUUGUUAGGCAGGAUUAUGUUAAAAGAAUUAUGAACAUCUUUGAAGAGGAUAAUUUUUAUAGUGGGUGUAACAGAGGAGGGGGUCGGGGAUCCUCCUAUCCUUGUUACUUCGUCUUGGGGGCGGAAGGCGUGGGGAAGAAAUUUUUCAUACACAAGGCAAAGGACGUAUUUUUAAGAAGGGCACCCCAUGUAGAGAGCGAGCCAAAGGGAAACCUCCCACGAGGUGAAAACCAAAAUGGUAUUCCCCACAGAGCGCAACUGCAUGGAGAAGAAAAAGGAAGUAGAAGAAGUAUUUUUUUCGAGUACGAUUUUAAGGACGUAAAUCAAAACGAAUCAGUCAUCCCCUUCCCCGUAAAGUUACACAAGUUGGAAGAGUUCCUAAGAUACAAAUUGGUGAAAGAAGUAAACAGCGACGUGGCAAGUGGAAGGAUAAAUAUGAGCGACAUUUAUGAGCACUUCAUCUUGGGGAACAGAGCAAACGAGUGGGAAGCGGAAGGAGGAGACGCGGAAGGAGACGUCGCCAUUUUUGCGAAACUCCCAGUCCUAUUCAAACACAUAUUAGAUACCCCCCAAAUGUAUGACUAUUUGAAUGAGCAAGACAGGAAGAACAUCGCCAGGUGGAUAGACCUGUUAGAGAUGAAAAAUUACAAGUAUAAUAAUUUUCAUUCCUUUUUAAGCAUCCUGUUGAAAAAAUUAAAUGUACAAUGUUUUGUACAUGAGUUAAAUGAAUUCAGCGCGUUUUUAUAUUUUUUAAAAAUGUUAGCAGAGUGUGAAGAAUAUCAGUAUUGUAUGAAAAACUCGGCGGCAAUACUCAGGGAUUUCUCGAGUGGUCUAUUCCUCUAUCGUUAUUUUUUGUCUUUAAUUAACUUUUUACGAAGUACAUAUGGAUAUAAUUUUUGUUUCGUUUUUUAUAAUUUGCAUUGUUUCCUUUUGGGUCCUCAGCCUGCGCGCAAUUUCCAUUUUUUUGCCAAAUGGUGUGAAGAAAAUGUGGACAGGCACAACGUCCCCGUCAUUUUUCACUCUAUUAAGAAUAUCGAGAUGAUGAAGUUUGUGUUUGUUUUUAACAACCUGGUGGUGAGGCACGUUGCGGUGGUUAGAAGUGGUGCAGGGGGUAGAAGCACUGGCGCAGAAAAAUUGCCGCAAAAUGGAAACCCAGUGAGGGACAGCGACCCCUUCCACAACGUAACGAACAAGGAGCUGCAAAACUAUCACCUCAUAAGGGAACACCUGAUCGAAAUAAACGACCUCUCCUACGACAUGGUCAGGUGCUUAAUCAGUCCUAAUUAUGUGAAAGACGAAAAGGUGGUAAAGUGUAUAUAUGACAUUAUAGGGGGGAAUGCCCACUUGGUAAAAACAGUUUGUAAAGGGUUACACGAUCUGAACACCGAGUUUGAUGAAGACAAAAUAAGGAACAAAAUUGAAAUGGAAAAAAAACAAAACAUUACUUACGACAUGGAUGAAGAAGGUCAAAUCAACAUUAGGAAUAACACGGUAGAAGAAAUUGUCCAACAUCGAAAGUUGGAGCAGCAGAAAGAGUUUUUAAAAAAUAUACAUGAGAAUAUUCUGCACACAUUUAUCCUUGACUUUGAGAGGAAAGUACGCACUUUCUUUAGCCUCCCAAAUAUUGAGCGCCUAAAAAAGACGGGAAACUGUACACGGCAGCAGCAGGAUGGAGGGGGUAGGGAAGGAAGACAAGGGAAACAAGUUGAAAGGGAAACAACAAAGGAGGGAUUAACUUAUAUCCAAUUCUACUUCACCAUUUUUGAAGCUAUUAAAUACUUUUUAAAAAAAAAAAAAAUUUUUUGUAAAAAUAUAAUCAAUCUGAAUAACCCCAUCUUGCUUGGUCUCAUUGACGUAAACAUAAUACACUAUAAUUAUGAACAUGGGUACCUCGAGCUCACCAACCAGCUUUACGAAGUCCUCCUGAUUAAUUACAUGGACAUGAAGUACAGGCAAUUCCCUCUCAAGUACAAGGCCCAGUAUAAUAUUAAUUAUGUGCUUAACUAUAAGAUAAUCCAGCACGAGUUUAACUUGCUGGAGUCACAGGCGUGA